GCUUUAGCAGCCUCCACGUGUUGGUGUUAUGAAUGUGUUGUAACUAUCUCUGUUUGAAACAAUUCUAAUAAAACUGCAAUUGGGGUGACUAAUUAGAGAACAGAAGAAGGAUCGGUAUUGUUCUUUAGUUGCAGCAACAAAUCUUUUGGUUUUUUUCAAUAAUCAUGGGUAAAUUCUUGACUCUCAUGACUCACCUUCAUACACUUGCCGGGCCAUCCGUGAUGUUGCUCUAUCCUCUAUAUGCAUCAGUAGUGGCUAUAGAGAGUACAUCAAAGUUGGAUGAUGAGCAAUGGCUUGCUUAUUGGAUUCUCUAUUCUUUUCUCACUCUUAUGGAGAUGCUCCUUCAACCCAUGCUUCAAUGGAUACCUAUUUGGUAUGAUUUAAAGCUAGCAAUGGUAGCAUGGCUUGUUCUUCCCCAGUUCAGGGGAGCUGCUUUUAUUUAUGAGAAGUUUGUUAGGGAAAAACUCAUCACCAAAUAUGGAGCUCGAUAUUUUAGAGACAAAUCGCCUCCACCUGUGGCUGUCAGUCCUGCCAAGGUGAGCGUGAAAACCAGUGAGGAUCGGACUGAUUGAGCAGGCGGAUUCAUGUGGAAGCUCUGCGUUCUUAUGUUCUAAUCAGCCGAAGAAAACUAUUAUCUGUAAUAAUACUAAUGAAUAGGAAUUGGUGAAAGUUUCAAAUAUGUAUAUGUAAUAAUCGUUUGCUUAUCAAUGAAAGUUUUUGUUUGAAUGAUGUUGUAUGGAA